GGCAAAAGAGAAACUAGCUUUCUUAAAUUACAUGAAAAGCUCAUGGUUUAGGUUAGGGUCCGAAGCACGUACAGAGCAGAAAGAGGCACAAACAUCACCUUAACACUACACGCACGCAUUGCAGAGAAGAAGAAGAAGAAUGUGGAGGCGCAUACUUACAAGAGCAACAUAUGCUACUAAUUCACGAUUUCACCGACACACCCUCCCUCUCUCUAACCUUAUUUUUCUCGAAAACCCUCAAUUAAGUUCUCAUCGUUCCCCCCAAAUUGCAUGUCUUUUCAACAACCCUCGAUUUUUCUCCCAUCAAAUCACUGACUCCACCCUUGAAAAUGAGGUCUACGCGGAAUCCAUAGAACACGAUGCUCACGAACACGGCACUGCAGUAGAAGAAGACGAACAACAGCAACAACAACAAGAAGAAGAAGACACGUACGAGGUUGAUUUGGACAAGUUGGAGGACGUGCUGCGUCUUCUCCAAACCAGUGCUGAUGGGUCGUUAGAGUCAUGCCUCGACGACAUGCGUUUGACUCUGCAUCCAGAUUUCGUGACCAAAUCAAUUGAAGCCCCUUUUGUUUUGGGUGAGAAUCUGAUUAGGUUUUUCAGGUGGGCAUGGACUGAGAAAUCGUUCAAUGUCAACACCCCAGUUGUGGAAUCCCUUGUUUUAGCAAUUUGUAGUGGUUUAAGGAAGAAAGAGAUUUACUCUCUUUGGGACUUAGUUAAGGAUAUCGGAGAGAAGGAGAAUGGGGUUCUUAAUGUGAGGGUUCUCAAUGAAUUGAUAAUUUCCUUUUCAAGAUUGGGGAAAGGAAAGGCUGCACUUGAGGUGUUUGAUAAAUUUGAGGCCUUUCAGUGUGUGCCAGAUGCAGACACAUAUUACUUUACGAUCGAAGCACUUUGUAGGCGACGCGCAUUCGAUUGGGCUUGUGUUGUUUCUCAAAAGAUGAUCGAUGCAAAAACCCUUUCUGAUGGUGAGAAAGUUGGUAACUUGCUGUGCUGGUUGUGUAAGGGCAAGAAGGCAAAAGAUGCCCAUGCAGUGUAUGUGAAGGCAAUGGAGGAAGGGAAACGCCCUCCCAUGUCUAGUGUUAAUUUUUUGGUUGCUAAGCUCUGUGGAGAAAAUGAAACUGUACAAUUGGCUUUGGAGGUGUUGAAUGAUAUCCCUAGGGAGAAGAGGGAGCGUGCGAUAAAGCCAUUUUCAGCUGUUAUUCGCUCGUUGUGUAGGGUUAAGGAUCUUGAUGCAGCAAAGCAGUUGGUCUUGAAGAUGAUUUCGGAUGGUCCGCCGCCUGGAAAUGCUGUUUUCAAUUUCAUUGUUACGGCCUAUUCAAAGGUUGGGGAAAUGGGACAGGCUAUGGAGAUGAUGAGGCUAAUGGAAAGUAGAGGUUUGAAACCGGAUGUGUACACUUAUACUGUUCUUGCUAGUGGAUAUUCAAAUGGUGGUGAGAUGGAAGAGGCUGGGAAGAUUUUGGGAGAAGCUGGAAAAAAGCAUGUUAAGUUAAGCCCUGUGAUGUUUCACACGCUCAUUCGUGGAUAUUGCAAAUUGGAACAGUUUGACAAGGCUUUGAAGUUAUUGACUGAGAUGAAAGAUUUUGGUGUCCGCCCUGGUGUUGAUGAGUACGAGAAGUUGAUCCAGUCUCUCUGCUUGAAGGCUUUGGAUUGGGAAAUGGCAGAAAAGCUACAAGAGGAAAUGAAAGGGAAUGGUUUGCAUCUCAAGGGCAUUACAAGGGCUUUAAUUAGGGCUGUCAAGGAGAUGCAGAAGGAGGUUGUGGAGACUGAAAGUAUUACUGCUGUGGCCUAAACAUUGUUCGCUCUUUGAGGUGGUGAGACAUUAAUGUGAGAGGCCUGGUAGUUGUAGUUCUUUUCUUAUUAGCACACCUUUUUAUUAGGAGGAUACAAUCUUAAUACUAAAAUAAUUGAGAGGAGAAAAUUUUUGAAGUCAUUGUUGAUGUGUUUGAUGUCUUUUGCAGGCUUUUUUUCCCCCUUAAUGAUAUUGAAUUAAGUUGGCCGUGUUUCAUAUCCUUGAUGUCAUAAACAAUUUUUACUUUCUCAUGGUGAUAUGGGAUUGGGUUGGAUAAGAAUCAGUAUGAAUCCUUUUCCCCUUCAGACUCACACACACAGUCACACCAAGAAGAGGAAAAAAGAAAUCUGGUGUUUACAAAUUGGGAUUAUUGUGUCCAUUAUAGGAAUAGCGCUUUACA